AUGCAAAGCUCGACCAAGAGCUCGAUCGAGUUGAUGAGCUCGACCAAGAGCUCGAUCGAGCUCGAUCGAGUUGAUGAGCUCGAUCGAGUUGAGGGUCGAGUUGGUGAGCUCGAUCGAGUUGAGGGUCGAGUUGGUCUAACCCUUUCCCAAGGUGAAAGCUAUCAACCAAGACUUGAUCUCAGAAACAGGGGGUUAGCCAGUGAGAAUCAAGCCUUGGAGGCCAUAGGAUCAUUGCUCAAACUAAUCCAUCCAACCCCUAUGAACUCCAUUUCGAGAGCAAGAGUUAUUGGAGCUCUUAGUGGACCUUUUCCAACGAUUUCCAUCACUUCCAUGUGGAGAAUCGCCUAUGGACAUACAAGCCAGGGAUAG